UGUCAACGUAAAGUACACUACAGAAUGCAGCAGGCCAGCAAAUAGUCUGUUUAAUUUGGAGGAAACAGCUUGGACUCGACUUUGACAGCUUCUUCCCUGCGUGCUGACGUGAACAAAACGAGCCAACCGGCAAGCCAACGCUAAAGCUAUUCUAUGUCCACAGGUUGCAGUAAGCAGUGAGCUGUCAGCUCUGUCCUCUGACUCCAAGCAGCUGGGGAGAUGUGAGAAGGGGUCAUGCCUCUGGUGAAGAGGAACAUUGAGCCUCGGCACCUGUGCCACAGUGCCGUGCCCGACGGAGUUGGCAACGAGCUGGAAUGUGUAACCAACAACACGCUGUCCGCUAUAAUUCGACAGCUCAGCAGUCUGAGUAAGCAUGCAGAAAAUGUUUUCGGGGAGCUUUUUAAUGAAGCCAACACCUUUUACGUGCGCGCAAACUCUCUUCAGGAUCGAAUUGACCACUUGGCCAUCAAAGUCACCCAACUAGACUCCAGUGUGGAGGAGGUUUCCCUUCAAGACAUAAACACGAGGAAGGGCUUCAGAAGCUCGAGUGUCCAGGACCAGCAGGUUUUAUCCAAGAGCAGCCUUCCUAGUGCUGUAGCCGACAUGUACAACAGCAGCGACAGACCUCCUCCUCUCAGCAACCUCACUGCUUACAGAGAGGAUUCUACUGAUGCAAUGAAAUACUACUCUGACCCGUCAUACUUUUUUGACCUGUGGAAAGAGAAAAUGCUUCAGGACACAGAGGAGAAGAGGAAAGAAAGGCGGAGGCAUAGGGAACAGAAGCGAUGUGUGGACAGCAGCACCAUUCAGCGUGAGGUGAAGAAGGUCAGAAAGGCACGAAACCGCAGGCAGGAGUGGAACAUGAUGGCGUUUGAUAAAGAGCUCCGUCCAGAUCACAGACAUCCACAGAGUCUCAGGCGAGGAGCAUCCUCUGAGGGCUCCCUUUCGCCAGAUGGGAGGCCUGACCUCUUAGAUUACCCCAUCCCUCCAGUGCCUGCCCAUGCUGCUUGUAACUCUGCCAAGUCUCACGAUUACGUUCCUGGGAACACACAUCCCUCACCACCUGUGGAGCAUGAAUACCAAAGCAUUGAUGUCAACUACAAGAGAGUAACCUAUGCCGCAGCAGAGCCUCGUGCUGCAGACCGAAUGAACGGUUCAAUUCGUCUCCCUGCAGAUUACAAGUCUAUCCCACCACCUCCUGCCCCCGGCCCUCCAAUCCCAUCAGCCCAGACAGCCUUUGGUUUUCCACUGGGUGCACAUCCUCCAGCGCCACAUAAUGGCGUUGGGCACGCGGGCCCGGGCUGCCCACUCCCACCAAUACCUCCUCCAGGGAAUCACACGGUCCCUCCACCCCCAGGUCCCCCACCUCCUCCUCUCCCUCCGCCAUCUGCACCCUCACACCUAGCGGGACACAGUGAAGGCUGCAGACGAGAGACCAAACCUGUGAGAGACGCAAGAAGUGACCUGCUGUCUGCCAUCCGCAUGGGCAUCCAGUUGAAGAAAGUCCAAGAGCAGCAGGAGCAGCAGAGCAAGCGGGAGCCGGUGGGGAACGACGUAGCCACCAUCCUUUCCCGACGCAUUGCAGUUGAGUACAGCGACUCUGAGGAGGACUCUGAGCUCGAUGAGAAUGAGUGGUCGGACUGACAAAACACUGAAUUGGUCUUUUCUCCACUGGAUCUUCAGCACAGAUGAAAGAAAACUGUGAAACACUCCAUCUAGCUCCAUCUAGUGGAGUCUUUGUACCAAGCCACUGCUGCCAAAAUACCUCUACCUUGUGGUUUUUAUUUCUACUUUCAUAAUAAAUAUUUCAUGAGCAACUGAACCACUAAUCUAGCACAUCUACACAGUUUGCACCAUUUUGUUUUGUAACAGGUAAAUAUCCUCAUUUCAAAACAGAGUCAGUGUGUGAUAAAUCACACAGUUGGAAAUGUGACCCAUUAGUUUCUUAAGAUUGUCUUUGUAUACUGCUUGUUCUAGCAAAAUGUCCUUACGUGAUGACCUCCUAUCUUUGUCCAGCAGCAUCCCAGCGGAGAGCAUUUCAGUGUAAGAAAAGCAUAGGUAUAAAUAAUACAUGUUACCAUUGGCUGACCUCCACAUAGCUUCUUCAGUUUCGAGGUCUUUGUAUUAAGCACGCUGGCUCAUUGGCACACUACCUAACUAGCCAGCUCAAACACUCAAACAUACAAGUAGAGCAAGCCUGUGCUUUCCCUACUAUGACAAGUUAUGUGCUGUGAUAUAAACAAGCACUGAAUCAUACCAUAAUAUUGAAAGAUUCAAGGGUUUUUGUUUUAAUUUAAUCUUCCUAAUCUCACACUUAAUUCUAUUAGUUUUGUAAUAGCUACCUCAAGUUGUAACAAUUUCUCAGUUCUGAUUGUGUGUAUGAAAGUAUCAUGUCUGACAUUAAUUCUAUUUGUUGUGAUGUGUCUUUACAAAUACUGAUAUAUCAAUAAACUUUCCAAAUUAGCAAGAAAA